AUGCUCAACCUGCCUCUCAACGUUGAACCCGUCCCCGAGCCCACUCCCGAAAUGGCUGCCAAACUGCAGGCCACGCUCGAGACUUCCCUCCAGAACAUCAUCAAAGCCAACAUACCCUCCCAAUUUGGGCGGUCCUCACCCAUCCUCUCUACCCUCCGUGAUAACAUCUCCAGCUUGAACGUCGCCAUAGCUCAGGCAGACCGCACCGCGUGUGCGCACGCGUUCAAUGGAGCGCAGGUACCCUUUACUGAGUACGAGGUGUAUGCGCCCUACAUCUCGAAGUUCUUCAACAGUGCACCAUGCUCUCUCUCAGAUGUGGAAGAUCUCUUGGCGCCCGGGCUGCCGACGUUCCUCGGAAUGUCCAGUACGACGUCCGGGAAGGGACCCAAACCCGUGCCCAGAUAUGUCGCGGCCCCGCCUUCGCAUAUUCCUGUGCCUAUCUCGAUGUGGGUGAAGCGAGUCGGCGGACCGGGAAAGACGUGUAUGACGACGUACUGUGGAUACAAAAAGUUCGUCGAAAUCUCUGACGGAGAGGGCGCAAAGCCGAAGAGGAUCCCGCUUUCGGCUAUCUCGGGGGUAAUGUGGCGCGGUAUGGCGGGCUUCAGCGACUUUGAGCGGGAUGAGGAGAGACUGGCAGAGUUCCCACCUGACAGCACUGCGCCGUGGGGAGUCGCCCUCAUUUCCAACUACCGCUCCUUUAUUCUUACCCAUGCCGCGUUUGCGCUGGCUGAAGAAACCCUGGAAACGCUCUGCACACACUGGUCCACGACGUUCGUCGAUUUAAUCCGAUGGAUAGACGAAGAGUGGGACACACUCAUCGACGCGAUUGAUAGUGGGCGGCUACCCCGCUACCCGGAAACGGACGACGUCUACCCUGCGAUCGCGACUCAAUUCAUCGCGAAUCCCGCACGCGCAAAAGCGCUCCGGGAAGCCGGGCCGCCCUCGCACACGAGCGAAGGCUGGAUCCUCAAAAUCUGGCCAGGAUGCAAGCUGUUGGGCGCCGUGUGCACUGGGACAUUCGGACGCCUCUACCCGCAGCUUCGCGCAUGCAUAGGUCCUGACAUGCCCAUUCGAAGUCUGAUGGUCGCAUGCACCGAGUGCCUCAUCGGCACAUCGUACGAUGACCGACUGCCGUGCAUUGUGCGCAUGCAGACAGACGAUUAUAUCGAGAUGAUCGAGGUACUGCCCGGCAAUCAAGACGGCGAGCUUGUGCCACUCUGGAAGCUCGAAACUGGCAAGGUAUACGAGCCCGUUGUCACCACGCGCGACGGGCUGUGGCGCUACCGCACGAGGGAUGCCGUCGUCGUGCGGGGCUUCUCGCCUGCAGAGGGCGUGCCGUUGAUCGAGUACAAGGAGCGCCGCAACCAGUCCAUGUGGGUCGCUCAGGCGCUCAUCUCCCAGGCAGACAUCUUCGCUUCCAUAGCUGCCGUCCCAGAGUUCGAAGACGUCGAGUUCACGACAUGGUGGGACGACCGCAGCUCGCCUCCGACGGUGGGCUUCUUCUUAGAAGACAUGUCUGCUUCACGUGUGAUACCCCCAGCAACACGCACGCAGAUCCUCGUCAGCCUUCUCGAAGCAAACUCUUCCCUGUACACGGGUCCUGAACCUGGCUCGCCUGUGCGCCCGAGCAUCCGGCUGCUCGCGCCCGGGACGUUCGGCGAGUUCAGGCUAUGGAAAGGCGCCGUGACCGGGAUGGGAAGUACACAGGUGAAGGUGCCGACCAUCAUGCUUGAUCCGAAGGCACAGGAGUUCAUAUUGGCGAGGGUUGUUGGCGAAGUGCCGUAG